UAUGAAGACAUAUCAUUGUGAUUAUAGCAAUGAGAAUACACAAAAUGUCAUCAAAUGUUAUGGUUUACGAAUGAAGUUUUAACUGUAAAAAAGGGUUUUAGUAAGUCCAAAUCAUCUAUGCCUCUACUAACUGUCCAUGUUCAACAAGCCAUAUUCUUCAGUGUUGUCUUCCUCUUCAGCUGGAGAAAAUUCCUUCUCCAAAGACAAACAGCAGAGCCCCUGACUCAUAGCGCUGUGUCGGGGAGAGAGCAAACCAUACUGUUGACAUCAGGAGGCCAGUGAUGUCAUGGUGAUGUCAAUGCCUCUAAUUGUAAAUUGCACACAUAGCCUCGCUUUUGGCUGUGGUAACAUUUCAGUCAGAGAGAAGACUCUGAAGGGGACAGUUUGUCUUGGAAAAGCUGGGAGUAGAUACGGUAUGGCUGUAACUGGGGAUGAGACAGAAACAGGCACCGCUAGUGACCUGACUGCCUGCCAGCUGCGUAACCCCAGCUCCAGCCUCCCACAGGGGGUGGUGGGGGCCAGCACUCAUAGCUCCCAGAAACCCUUAGAGGAAGCCUUACAAAAGAGGGAGCUCCGAUUGAUGAAGAACAGGGAAGCCGCCCGGGAGUGUCGACGAAAGAAGAAGGAAUAUGUCAAAUGCCUCGAAAAUCGCGUGGCCGUGCUCGAAAAUCAAAACAAAACUCUGAUUGAGGAGCUAAGAGCCUUAAAGGACAUCUAUCGACACAAAGUGGAGUGAUCCCUCUGACUGGAAGAGGAGCCAGGGAUUGUGUGCGGGGACUGUGUUUGUUAGUGGUGUACUUCUGUGACGGUGUCUCGAGGACUCUGGUUUUGCUUAUACAGACCCACAUGCACACAAACACACACAAAUAAACACACACUCUCACAAAACACUCCUUGUCCUUGCUGUUAAAUGUGUUUACACGAUGAUGUCAAUGUUUCUGGCUCCGAAUUAUCGACGCGCCACCACCAGCAAAAAAACAAAACAAAACAAGUACUAUGAGGAGUUUAUGUCCCUUUGAACAUGGAGGCUACCAGAAGUAGCCGGAAAAGAAUGAGGGACUAUAUGGACCAUCUGCAAACUCGCAACGCCUUACUGGAGAUGGAGAAUCGGAUGCUGAAGGCCCAGCUGGAGCACCUUAACAACCCGAGCACCCAAAAACUAGAUCCACUAACGCCUUUGCCGUUACCACCUUAACUGCACUGCAUUUGACAUUCCUUUAUGCUCUGUUUUAUAAUUUGGCUCUAUUAAAAUGCCAUAUCAGUUGUCUUUGUGAUGGUCUGUUUUGCUGUUUUGGUCAGGAAAUGCUGCAAGAAGCCAAAUAAAAGGAAACCGGGUCCUCAGGGCUUCACGUAGCAAUGAUUCAUUUUAUUACUCAGAAAUCCUGAUGCAAGCACACAACCAGGAAUUAACACCUACCACUGCAUUCAUCACCCACAUUACUUUGUAUUUCAUGCAGAGACCUACCAGGAUCUGUCGUGCAUCUGCUUCUAACCUGUGGCAUGUAUUAUUUAUUACCCUAGCUGCAUUUUUUGUAGUUUUGAAUACCAGUGCAUGGUUUUUACAAACAAAAAGGGGAAAAAAAUUGUUUAUCUUAAUAUGAAUGAGUGUAUAUUUAGUUAAAAAGUACAGGCAUUUGUGGAAAUUGUAUUAACUCACUGUUUUUAACCUGACUGUUUUUUGCUUCGUCUCAGUAUACAUGGUUGAAUUUAGAAGUUAUUUAUGUAACUAUCAUUUUGAAUGCUGUUAAUUAGUAAUUUCUUUGUUGGUGCAUAAUUUCUCCUCUGUAAUAGCUUAGCCAUUGUCUUGUUCUGAUCACACCUUAUUCAAAAGGUCUUAUAGACAUAUUUUUAAAAAUGUAUUCUCUUCAAUAAAGUUCUUGCUCAGUC